AUGAAAAGCUGUAUAAAGGAGUCCAAUUCCUAGAAGAGAGUCAUGUUUUCUGAUUACGACUAGAUUCAUAACCUAUCCUCCUCCUCAUCCUAGAGAAGCAACGUCUCUUCCAAUUCCUCAGCCUCUAAGACUUAAAAGAGAACUAUAUACUACUAUUUUGAGUCAAAGGACCAAUUCAAGGAAUUGAUAAGGAAUAUCAAGAACAAGUUCAGAAACUCAAGCCACCAUCCUCAUAGAACCAGUUUCCAAGAAUCGGAGAACGAUGAGUUUCAUGAUACAAACGAUGAAGAACUUCAAGUGAUAGUUGAUGCCACUGAUGAAUAUAUCAAAUCACUGCUCAAUCUUUAGACUAUCAUUUGUGAAGAAGUUGGGGAGAUUAACUCACUAAUUCAGUUCAAGCUAGUUCACAAAGAAAAGCAGAGGUCCUUCUAAAAUGAGUUCCGUGUCAAUGAGAUCAAAACAUUGGAUGAUUACGAGUGGUAUAAAUCUGAGUGGAACUCGGAGAUUGUUCCCUCUGUUCGAGUCAUUUUCAGCAGACAAGCAUUUGACAAAUCACUUCCUGGGAUUCAGAAAGCAGUUCCCAAACUACAAAGAAUCUUUUCGAGAGAUAAAGGGCCAAAGCUAAACAAACUCAUUGAGUUUAAGCAGAGAUAAGAUAGACCUAGAUUUAACGAUGUGCAGAACUUCGAUAACUACCGAAGACCUCAAGAAAUAGAAUUCGAUGAGUCAUUUAUCAAUGUGAGACCACUCCCUACACCUAAGAACAGUUCAAGAAGCAACAAUGGAGUCUUUUUCAAUGAGAACUUUGAGCAUUAUGACGAUUGCUACCAUUCGCCUAUCUAGAGACAGUUUAGCCAGCCUAUUAUCUAUCAGACUCAAAAUAGAAUCUCAGAGUACCAAUUCUAAGAACCUACAUUUUAGAGAGUCUAUAACUAUGAUAGACAACUAGACUCACCUGUCAGAAAUUAAUAUUAAAUCAAAUAAGGCUAUCGUCUUCAUAAUCAGAGAAGGCAAGCUAGUCAUGGCUAUAACUAUGGUCUGAAAAACUAACUAGGCAUUGAUUUGAAUGAGAUUCGCAUAAAUUCUCUGAGCAAUUCCUUAUUGGAUGGAAGCCCCAGCAGAAAUGAGUAAUUUUCCUUUCUAACCAUUUUUAAUAUAGAAUAAGUAGAAAUUAAGGAAGUGAUGAAUAUCGUGCAAGUAAUUGCAACCAAAGUAGGACCUGCUACAAUUCAAACAAUCCCUAUAAAAAUACUCAGAUUCAGAUAAUCAAUCAUGAUGCAGACUUUGUCUUUUCUAAGAUGA